UUUUUAAUCCUGUCGUUAUUUUGCUUAAUCCAUAACUCGAUAUCAUCAACUUCGUUAACAAUUCUGAUCAUAAAAACAUUUAUCAAGUUUCAAUAAAACAAUUUAGAAACUCUAAAAAGAAAUGUUCGCAAAAGUUUUUUUUAUAGCUUGUGUAACCUUGGCUUUGUCUGCCAGCAAUUUUGAUGAAUUGUUAAAAGGUUCAACAAGUGGUGAAUCUACUACUAUUUUACGUCCAAAUCUAACGAGCGUCAUCUAUUCAACCGUUGUACAUCCUAAUCUAACAAGUAUUAUACAUACAACCACUGAACAUACAAGUCUAACAAGUGUCAUCCAUACAACCGCUGAACAUCCUAAUCUAACAAGUAUUAUACAUACAACCGCUGAACAUACAAGUCUAACAAGUAUCAUACAUACAACCGCUGUACAUCCUAAUAUAACAAGUAUUAUUCAUACAACCGCUGAACAUCAAACUCUAACAAGUAUCAUACAUACAACCGCAGUAUAUCCAAAUCUAACAAGUGUUAUCCAUACAACCGCUGUACAUCCAACUCUAACAAGUAUUGUACCUAAAACUGUAUCAAACCAAAGCAUCACCAGCAUUAUAUUUUCCACCGCUUCACAUCCUAAUAGAACUUCAAUAAUUCCCACUAGUAGUAUUGAACCUUUUUAUGUUACAUCUUCAAAAGUCACAAAUGUUGUCAGCAGCUCAGUAACACCUUCUAUAACACCAACAACAGCUCCACCAAUGGUGCACUACCAGUUUCCCGAAAAUAACUCUUGCAUUGAAUUUGAAAGUGAAAUAGGAAUUAAAUUUCCAAAUAUUGCUCAGACCGUUUGGUUAAAUCAAAAUGCUUCCAUAAAAGGAUCUUGUGGUUCUAGCUCUUUUAUCACACUUUAUUACUCGUCACCUUUAUCAAUAAUAUUGACAAUGAACUUUUACGCCGAUGCAAAAGAAUGGAGUUUAACAAAUAUUACAGUGAACUUAGUUAAUGCAUAUUCAAAACUAUGGAGUGUUCAGCCAGGACCAAUUAUAAAACUAUGGGGUGUUCAGCCAGGACCAAUUAUAAAACUAUGGAGUGUUCAGUCAGGACCAAUUAUAAAAGCUCCUCUUAAUCAUUCUUAUCACUGUGAAGAUGAAACGGAAUACAAUCUUGUCUCUGAUAAAAACAGUGUUACCGUAAUAUUGAAAAGCAUUACCAUUCAAUCAAAUAUAAUCAAUGGAUCGUAUAAUAAAAAUCAAACUGUUUGUUCUAAAUCUGUGUCGCCAAAACAAUCAAGCAGCACUGUACCUAUCGCUGUCGGCGGAGCGUUAGCCGGUCUUAUUGUUAUUGUACUAAUUGCGUAUUUAAUUGGUAAAAAACGCAAAAGUGCUGGAUAUAAAAAGCUUUAAUUAAUAGAAAACUUUGUAAUCGUGGAUAUCGACAACUUUGAACUCGUUUUUAAACUUUUAUUAUACAUUAUUUUGUUUACUUUUCUGCGUUUAUUUUGUUCAAAGGUUUUCAUAACAAAUAAAAUACUUUAGUUUAU